ACGUGCCUUCGCGCCUUUAGCAGCCUUCAGUUGCUGCUGCAAUGUCCAACAUAGGAACGGUUGCAUCUCGCGGGUCGCCGAGUGCAAUGUCAUCUCGCAAAGGGCUGUUCAGUGACCUUGGCAAGGCCACUCUUCGCGGCAUUCGAAAAUGUCCCAAGUGCGGCACCUACAACGGCACGCGCGGCGUGCGCUGCAAGAACAAAGCGUGCGACGCAGUGUUUCGGGAGCGUGGCGCACGCAAACGGGCGGCCGACGCUGUGCGGCUGCACGCGCCGGGCCAGCUCUACUCGGUGCGUCUGCAACGGGGUGAGGCGCGGACGUUCGUGCAGCUGUCGGCCGAAGGCAGGGCCCAGUGUGAGGGCUGCCAGGGUGCAUCUGGCUGCGCGCACGUGCAGGCCGCGCUGCGAUGCGUCGUGCAAGCCCAGGCGCUGCCACUGAAGGACUCGGUUGUGGAAGCCCAAGAGGAGAGCGUGCGAGAUGCCAUCUGGGAACUGGCUGCAACCGAGGGCCCGCCGCUCGUGCAACGUGUCUCCAAGGCAGUGUUGGUGGCGCGGAGCCGUCAGGGCGGCUUCGUGCACGUUCGAGUGAGCCCCCGCCGCGAGCUGCGCUGCGGUGAUUGCGGCGGCAAGGGUGCAUCGCAAAAUUGUGUCCACUCGUACGCGUGCAUGUGUGCGCUUACUAGCGCCGACAAACUGCGUGUUGUGGCGCCCAAGCACCCCGAACCGUCUCUCAGCUUUUUGCAGUGGUUGGCGGGCGUCACGGAGCGCAUCAACCAGACGAUGCGCUACGAUCGACCGGGAAGGCCUGACCCGCUUGUUUUUCACGUGCCUCAUCAGUUUUUUGAGUGUUUGCAGCAGCGGAUAUGUGGACGCCGGCAGCCUACGCGGAAGGACGGCGCCAAGUGCUCGUGGAGCAUCACCAACCUUUUGCAUGUGCGUCACAUUUUUGAGACUCCUGACGUGCCGCUAGAGGAGAGCAGAACCUUCGUAGAGAAUCGCGAUGGGACUUUUGAGCCCUACGAACCUCCUUGUUUGUCCCAAGAACUGCACUCUGAAGGCGUACCAGUCAUCAGACCUCUGGAACUCAAAACAUUCUUGAAGGUGGGGAACCCUCCCCAAUCGGUGCCGUUCAUUAUUGAGUGGACUCCUGACGUGCUUCCCCGUAGUCGGGUUGGCGAAUUGCGUCUGAAGUUUGAGUAUGGACACCUAAGAAAUGGACUUAUUGACAUAAGGUCGUAGGAGGCACCUUGUUUCUGCGUGCUGAUGCACUUUGAGGUGCAGUGAAACAUUGUUGACUUUUAUUUUUAAUUCACCUCAGGGUAGCGUUGGUUGUGUUGCUACCAUGUGCACAUCUGCUGAUUACAAAUUCCAAGUGCACCGUUGAAAACAAACGACCGCUUAAUAUGUGGCGAAGUGUGUGCUGUAACUGUGCACAUAAUAAACUCUGUGAUCAUGUAGGUUCUCGUGUUUUGAUUUCCUCUGCGUGCUGAAAUAAAAACUUGGGUAGCGGA